AUGGGAGGCGGCGGAGGGGCGAGCGGGGGUGGCAGCGGAGGGCGGGGUGGGGAAGAGGUGGGGGCCGCACUACUGGAGGCAUACUCGGCCCUCACCUGCUGCCUCCUCCCAGACCAUGUUAUUGCCCAUCUCGUGCUGCCGCCGCUACUGCAGCUUCAGAAAUGGCUGGGUGGAGCUUCCUUUGACUACAUGGAGACUCUGACAGAUUUGGUAAAGGAAUACUCGCUAAGGACCCAGACAGCUGCCACCAACCCCCCAGAGAGACGUAAGCCCUCCCUCUCGCUAAGUGGAGGUCUCCCCCCCCCAAACGUGGAGGAGGUUAGAACGAAGAUGAGUAAGAUGUUCUCCACCUCCUCCUCCACCUCUUCCACCUCCUCCUCCUCCUCCUCCUCCCUCCAAGCCAGAGCACAAGCUAUCAAUGCCUCUCUUCCCGGGUUUCUGAAGAAGAAGUGAGGAGGAGGAGGAGGAGGAGGAGGAAGAAGAAGAAGAGGAGGAGGAGGAGGAGGGAUUACAAGUGCCUGAAGGAAGAAGAGGAGGAGGAUAAGAAGAAAGAAGAAGAAGAAGAAGAAG